ACGAUAGAGAGGAGAGGUAGAGUGAAUGGAACCGGAGGGCAUAAGGAGAGAGAACGGGAGAGUAGAAGGAUAGAGGAAAAACCUCAAAUUGAACCCAGGGAAUGGAAAUCUCUGUGGAAGCCAGUGGAGCGCAUAGCUGAUUGUGACAAGAAAUAUAUGACUCUCCUUCCCCUUUCUCACUGGUCUGACUAAAGCUCUCACUUGGAGAUGACCCGCAUACACGGAGAAGAGAGAGAAUAAGAGGGAGGGGGGACAAAUGAGUCUUUGAAUUUAGAUGUGACCCUGAGAAGGUGGAGAUUGAUUUGCCUAUGCACUUAACGGAACACAAUGACAAGGUGACGCAAACGUACUCUCCUUGACCAUCAAAACAAUCUCUCCAACACUAAAACCCUUCCAUUCGGGAACCCUUAGGCUAUACUGCAGCCGACUGGGACCCGUUUCAAAUUUACAGUACAACAAAAAGACAGGAUGGUUUUGAAGUGUGUCCACAGGCAUCUCUUGCUCUACUUGCUUCCAUAUAUCUGAGUGACAUUUCAGUAAGGGUUCAUUGUGUAUAUCUGAUAUUUUACUGGCAAGGCAAUCAAAGCCAUAAUCUACUUCCAUGUAAUACAAAGCCAUUAAGCUAGUUAUAAUUUCAGCAAAGUGGCAUCAUGAUCAUUACCAUAACCGAUGGACAUAACCGUGGGCUCCUAAAUAUUCAUGCAUUCCAGUCUGGAUCUUAAAGUUAUACAGCUGAGCUGAUGCUAAAAAGGAGGAGGUGGCAGAGGAGAGCUGAGCAGGGAGAACGAGCGAGGAAGAGAGGGAGAGCUGAGCAGGGAGAACGAUCGAGGAAGAGAGGGAGAGCUGAGAGCACGUAACCUGCCUACAAAUGAACACCACUAUCAAAGUCUAGUGGCUUGGUGAGUUUAUUCAUGGCUCUUGUAUCCUCAAGGUUUCCUUUACAGCCAAUACUUAUGUGGAUUUUUUUUUGUUGGGGGGGGUUGUCUAUUCCUGAUAAUGAUUCCGCGUCAAGCAGUAUUCCACUUCUGAGCGACUUCGACAGCUCAGAGCACGGCCAAUAAGCCCGCACAGCUCCUUCGUGACUCACUGGAUCUUCGGCUGCCAGACCCGAGGUGUCAAAUUCAGGACGGACAUACUGAGAGAUGGAGAAUUCUGCAGCCGCGGUGACCGUGGAAUAAUUCAGCAAAAUGACAAGCUUAUUUGACCGACUCAGAAGAAAGAAAAGAGUCUUGACUGCUUAAAUGUGAACUUAAUUUGGACAAACUCAAAGAUCGACAGAGGGCAAUUACUUUUCCUGUUUAACAGGAUAAGACCAUCAUAGCAGAGGGAGCCUUUUCAAAUAUUUUUGGACAUAUAACAAACAAAGCAAUCGAUGUAAGGAGUCAGUUUGGACCUUCAUGUUCAUUCAGGGACCAUUGAACUUCUACUAAUAGACGAAGUGGAUCUCAAUCAAGCCAGGUGGAGAGGCAAAGCAAGAACGCAUGCUUUGGGCAUGGUGCCUACGCCCCAGGUGUGCGUAUCAACCCUGGUCACAGUGAGCACAAUGGCAGUGGUCGACCUCUACCUGCUGGAGCAGAGCAUGCUGGGAGCCCGCGGCAAGGCAGGGCCCAGCGUGUGGCCCUGCGCCGCCGUGCUGCUAGGUGACCUGGGCUUCCUGCUGGCGCUGCGGUUCGUGUCGGCGGGCGUGGUGUCAGAGGCGCUCUCCCCACGCCGCGGCUUCGCCAACGCCCUCUGGUUCCUCUUCCUGUCCCUGCUCCAGCUCAAACUCUUCUUCGUCUGCCAGAACUACCGGACGGAACAUCGGCCACCUGACCCCUUGGCCAGGAAGACACUCACCCUGCUGCUGUCUAUCUGCCUUCCCUCCCUGUUCCUCAUCCUGACUGGGGCUGACAACAUGACGCCAAUGCGAAGGAAGCAGGAGGUGCGAGGGAGGCUGCUCUGGGUGGUGGUGGACCUGCUGGACGUUCUGGACCUGCAGGCCGGGCUGUGGGAAGCCCACGCAGGGGCCACUGACCUGAGGGUGCCCCUGUGGGCCGAAGGCCUGGUGUUCUUCUACUGCUACGCCCUGCUGCUGCUGCUGCCCUGUGUGGCCCUCACAGAGCUGGGGGCCGCCGCCAUGCCGGCACAGAGGGGGGCACGUAAGGAGCCCCUGUACCCCUGGCUCAGCCUGGUCACCAUCAACGUGUUCACACUGGCCCUCAGGGGAACGGGCAUGCUGUGGUACCGGGACCCCCGGGUCUCGACAGUGUUCCUGGGGAAGAACCUGCUGGCCCUGGCUGUGAAGCUGAGCUCAGCCUGGGAGAGGCACAAGCAGGGUGGGGACAGAGGGAUGGGGGCUGGGGACGGAGCAGAGGCAGGGGGGGAAUCCACCCUGGCAACACAAAGCUCAGAGCAGACGGAGGACCAAGCCACAGGCAAAACCACCCCUGGGCCACCCUCCCGCUACCACAUACCGUCCCACUCCCACAGCCACGGUUACUCCCUGUCCCACGUCAGUCUGGAUCCCACAGAGACCUCCAUGGGCCCCUCCAUCGCCCAUGAACUCUAGAAACUGGUCAGAGAGAAAGACAGCUCGGCAUCAGCCGUCAAGCUCAUCAGAGCUCCCAGGUCAGGGAAGCAUUUAGCACUGAAGAGAAGACGGUUGGCCUCACACUGAGACCACAGGCAAACAACCCAGGCAAUCACAGCAGUAACUCAUCCAAUUAGCUCACUUUGGUUAAAGGGAUGAUUUAUCCAUCCCCUGGGUCCCAGACGCUUGUAGUAUUUGAGAGAGGGCUGGGGCGGCGUGAGAAAUGUAAAUCGAAGAACUGCAUUGUUUUCCAAGGAGCUACAAUUAGUACUGGUUCCACACAGACAUCGGUGUCAUAUGGGACAUAAUCCCGUGGUGUUUGUCAGUGUGUUUCCUGUGAAAGCUCUUCCACCGCUGUUGUCAGCGACACCUCCAGGACAGCUUACAAACUGAAAUAAAGUUUUUCAUUCUCCCAGGCUCCGACACUUUAUUGGCCAUGUGUAGGAGGGUAUUGGCAGCCUGUCACCACAAAUGGAGAAAACAGGAUCAUAGGUCGAUCAAUCACAGCUAGGGGACAUACUAGCUGUCCAACUCUCUGCACAUCUGAGGCAGGCAGUGCAGCAGCGUAAUGUGCUAUGAGGACAGAGUGACAGAGAGGAAAAGCUAUCAUAUAAUCACAACUUAACCAGUAGCACCAGCCCUGGUAGGCAUGUAGUGAUCCUUCAUCCAGCCAUUUGUCUGCUGGUCUGACUUGAAUGUUUCAACAGGGGAGCCUGCAGAUGGGCUAUAGGGUGUGUGUGAGAGGAAGUGCUGUUCUGAGGAUAGGCAAGGGUCUAUUCAAAUCUCCAUCAGCGGUUCCUAAUGCACUCUGCACCCAGUCUGCCUCCGCUCUAACCAUUAAUGCUAUUAUUAAUUGAAAUUGGGGCCCAUUUGUCUAAAUGCUAAUAGCUUAGAUAGCUUUAUACUUGGUUUACAGGGCAUAUUUACAGAAUGCGCUAACACACCAGGGUUGGGCUCAAUUCAGAAUUGAAAAUGCCUCAAAUUCCAAUUAAAUUCUUGAAUUAGAGUUAAA